AACGAAGAAUAAUUCGGCGACAUUUCGACCAUUAACGUCAACAUUUCGUGAGGAAAGAAUGAAAACGACCAAGCUUGACGGACUCCUUUGUGUUUUGGAGCGCAGCCCCUAAAGCAAGUAUCUAUGUAUCUAUGGACAUGACCGAUCACAUUGUGGGGGUUUGGAUGAAGAAGAUCUGACCUAUUUGCAAAAGUCAGCUGACAUUCUUUCCUGCAUCACAUCCUUAUUGAAAGAGAAAAAGUUCGUGAGCCGAACGCAGUGGAACGAUGAUCAACAUGCAAUUUUAUGUAUGGCUGUGGCUUGGCGUGUUCAUGGUGCUGAUGGACACAUGCCGGACACACAACCUGUUCACAUGCGAACCAGUGCAGGUGCAGUGGUGCCAUGACAUGCCCUAUAACAAGACCUUCUUCCCCAACAUGCUGGAACACUAUGACCAGGACAUCGCUGCAAGCAUGAUGAAGAACUUUAUGCCACUGGUUCGACUGGGCUGCUCUCCAGAACUGCACCUGUUUCUAUGCCAGGCGUUCAUUCCAGAGUGCACUGACCAGACACAAGUCCUUCAGCCCUGUAGAGAGCGGUGUGAGCGCGUCCUCUCGGAUUGUACCCGAGACAUGAAGACCUUUGACCUUACCUGGCCGUCGGAGCUGCACUGUGACAGGUUGGACCCAUGCCACUCCCAUGUAGUAGGAUCUGCUAACCAGUCGCUGAAGGAAAAACCAACACCCAAACCUUCUAUGUCAGCCAGUAGAGAUCUGGGCUUCUGGUGUCCCCUGCAGCUGAAGACACGCCCUAAUCACGGAUACUCUUUCUUGGGUGCUCAGGACUGUGCUCCUCCAUGUGACAACAUGUACUUCAAAGUACCCGAAGUACAAUUCGCCAAGACAUUUAUCGGCGUUUGCUCCAUCGUCUGCCUGUGUGCCACACUCUUCACCUUCUUCACUUUCCUCAUCGACGUCAAGCGCUUCCGCUACCCGGAGCGGCCGAUCGUCUUUUACGCCGUCUCCUAUAGUCUCGUGUCUCUCGUCUACUUUAUCGGGUUCCUGCUGGGUAAUGAGGUGUCAUGUAACAAGACCAGCAUGCCCGGCGCUGUAUCCACAGUUGUGCUGGGCAGCCAAAACAAAGGCUGCACACUGAUCUUCAUGAUCCUCUAUUUUUUCUCCACUGCUGGAAUAGUCUGGUGGGUCAUCCUCACCAUAACCUGGUUCCUCGCAGCAGGGCCCAAGUGGAGCUGUGAAGCCAUUGAGAAGAAGGCCGUGUGGUUCCAUGCAGUAGCCUGGGGCCUCCCUGGGAGUCUCACCGUUAUGCUGUUGGCUCUGAAUAAAGUGGAAGGGGAUGGUAUCAGUGGCGUUUGCUUUGUUGGACUGUACGAUCUGAUGGCCCUGCGGUGGUUUGUGCUUGCUCCUCAAGCUUUGGGUGUGGUGGUUGGACUCUCGUUUCUUUUGGCCGGGAUCGUUUCCCUGAAUCAUGUGAGACAAGUAAUUCAGAACGACGAGCGAAACCAGGAGAAGCUAAAGAAGUUCAUGAUUCGCAUCGGUGUGUUCAGUGGCCUGUAUCUACUUCCUUUACUGAUGCUACUCGCCUGCUACCUGUAUGAACAGGCACUGCGAAAAGGGUGGGAAAACACUUGGAUUAAUGAACACUGCCAGGAGUACAGCAUCCCCUGCUCCUCUAAAAAAUCUGAUGCGGCUCGACCAGACCUAUUUUUGUUCUUGAUAAAAUACCUGAUGACACUGGUAAUGGGCAUAUCGGCUGUUUUUUGGGUUAGUAGUAAGAAGACCUGUUCAGAAUGGGCCUAUUUUUUCAACAGAGCACAUAAAGACCCCAUCACUGAAAGCCGUCGGGUCCUGCAGGAGUCGUGCGAGUUCUUCCUCAAGCACAACAAGACUGUGCAGCACAAGAAGAAACACUACAAGUCCACCUCCCACAAACUAAAGGUCAUCUCAAAGUCCAUGGGCACCAACACAGGUUCCCAAACAGGCACCUCCACUAACCAAGAAAACUUUGAUUUUGCUGCUGACAACCACUUCAAGGGCACCCGGUCAGGGUCUGAGAUACACCGCUCAUCUGAAGUAUCUGUGCGGGAACAGGCUGGCGGGAAAAGAUUAUCUAGCCAGGGCAGCAAGGAACCGAAAAGCACAAAAACGGGCAGUUCAAGUAGAGUCAGCAGCAACGUAGCCUUGGAGAGCUUCGGUAAUGCCCCUGAAAAGAGGACAACACCAAAAAAUGACCUGCUGGAGCAGCCUGUUAGUCAUUUUUCUUCUCAGAGCUCCAUUAAAAGCUCUGCCCGUAAGCCUGAAGAUGUGGCUGCAGGAUCUGGCAAAGCCCAGGACAAUUCCAUUGCUGAAGUAUGAAGCACAAACUAACAUGCUUACAUAUGCACAUCACAGACACAUGUGCCUUCAGUUAUCUACACAGAAAAGGAAAAGUGUAUGUGUAAAACAAAAUCAAGUCAAAUUCAUUUGUAUAACACAUUUUAUGAUAGACAUUGUCUCAAAGCAACUUUACAGAUUCCAGAAUCAAAAAACCCAGAUGAGAAGCCAAGGGCUGCAGUGGACCUCCCAAAUGUUACAAGGAAGAACCCUUAAUAGGAACCAGACUUAACUUGGGUGGGCUGGAGGAUAUUCAGAAAAAUUAGAUGAAAUAAAAUGAUAUUAGAAUUAACAGUUACAUCAUACAAAAAGCGUAAUAAAAGUAAGUAGAAUUUA